AGUAGCACAUUAGCAUAUUAUUACCAGGCAUGUGGCACCCCGUAUAAAACUGGCGGCAGGCGGCCUCCCUCCAGAUACAAGCGCACAGUGUCCGUGGGAGAAGGACGUGAGAAGAGAUGUUGGGCCAGUGACAAAACCUGGUUUAGGAACAGACCAAGAAGGAACUAUAAGCAUCUUUUUUCACCAGUUUUCUGAGGCUUCAUCUGAACUUUCACACGGAUUAUGACGUUCGCACGGAAUUAAACAAGUCAUUCCGUUCCAUUUUCAAUUGUAUUGUUGGGAGUCUUUGGACACGUGUGGGAGAAACUGGGGAUUGUUUUGCGCGCACUUGACAUGAAACGGAACAACGUUAACUCUCAAUAUCACCAGUAAGAAAGUCUCUUCCGAUGCAUCAGACGGAUAAGAGAAACGUUUUUUAAAACAAACUGUCCUUGGUGAGGAGCAGCCGAGUUGCUCAAAGACUUUGCAAAACAUAUUUAUUUAUUAUUUAUUCGUCAUGGGACGCCACUUACUGUUGCUUUUCGCCAUCCUGUACAUGCUGCUCUGUCAGGUGUCGUGUUCAGGCAUCUUUGAGCUAAAGUUGCAGGAGUUUUUGAACAAGAAGGGCGUGCAGGGCAACAAGAACUGCUGUAGGGGCGGCCUGACCUCCCCUUACCAGCAGUGCGAAUGCAAGACAUUUUUCCGCAUCUGUUUGAAACAUUAUCAGCCCAACGCAUCUCCGGAGCCACCUUGCACCUACGGAGGCACGGCUACACCCGUGUUGGGAUCCAACUCGUUCCAAGUGCCAGAUAGCUUACCGGACGGUUCUUUUACCAACCCCAUCAGGAUGAACUUCGGUUUCACGUGGCCGGGAACUUUUUCACUUAUUAUUGAAGCGGUGCAUGCUGAUUCCAAAGAGGAUCUAACAACAGAAAACCCGGAGCGCAUCAUCAGUACCAUGACCACGCAGCGUCAUUUGACUGUGGGCGAGGACUGGUCUCAGGACCUCCACAGCGUGGGCCGAACCGAGCUCAAGUUCUCUUACCGCUUCGUGUGCGACGAGCACUAUUACGGCGAGGGAUGCUCCGUGUUCUGCCGCCCCAGAGACGACGCGUUCGGCCAUUUCACCUGCGGCGAACGCGGAGAAAUCAUCUGCGACGCCGGAUGGAAGGGCCAGUACUGCACGGAACCAAUUUGCCUCCCAGGAUGUGAUGAGGAACACGGCUUCUGCGAGAAACCUGGAGAGUGCAAGUGCAGAGUCGGGUUUAAAGGCCGCUACUGCGACGAGUGCAUACGGUACCCGGGAUGCCUUCAUGGAACCUGCCAGCAGCCGUGGCAAUGCAACUGCCAGGAAGGCUGGGGCGGCCUCUUCUGCAACCAAGAUCUGAACUACUGUACCCAUCAUAAGCCCUGUCUGAAUGGAGCCACUUGUAGUAACACUGGUCAGGGCAGCUACACCUGUUCCUGUCGGCCAGGCUACACAGGAGCCAGCUGCGAGAUCGAGGUCAGCGCUUGCGCGGCCAACCCCUGCCGCAACGGAGGAAGCUGCACCGACAUGGAGAACACCUACAGCUGUACCUGUCCACCUGGGUUCUAUGGCAAAAACUGCGAGCUCAGCGCCAUGACAUGCACAGACGAGCCGUGCUUCAAUGGCGGACGCUGUGCAGACAACCCAGACGGUGGAUACUUCUGCCAGUGUCCGACAGGAUACGCAGGGUUCAACUGCGAGAAGAAGAUCGACCAUUGCACCUCCAGUCCGUGCUCAAACGGUGCACGUUGUGUAGAUCUGGUGAAUUCCUACUUGUGCCAGUGUCCGGAAGGGUUCACAGGAAUGAACUGCGACGGAGUCGGCGACGAGUGCUCCCUCUCCCCCUGCCAAAAUGGUGGAACCUGUCAGGAAGGGGCCAGCGGUUACGUAUGUACAUGCCCACCUGGGUACACCGGACAGAACUGCAGCUCACCUGUCAACAGUCGCUGUCAACACAACCCUUGCCACAACGGCGCCACCUGCCACGAGCGAAACAACCGCUACGUAUGUGCAUGCGUCCCGGGAUACGGAGGACGCAACUGCCAGUUCUUGCUUCCAGACAGAGCUUCCCAGAUAGGCGGCGACGUUCCCUGGACCGCCGUGGGUUCCGGAGUUCUGCUGGUGUUGUUGUCGGUGGUCGCCUGUGCAGUGCUGGUGGUCUGCAUUCGUUCAAAGGUCCAGCAGCGUCAACGGGACCGAGAGGAGGAAGUCGCUAACGGGGAGAACGAAACGAUCAACAACCUCACGAACAAUUCUCACCGCGACAAAGAUCUGUCUGUGAGCGUUGUCACGCAAGCGCCGCUCAAGAACAUCAACAAGAAGAUCGACUUUCACAGCGACCACGACGACCUGAGUUUGUGCACUGAAAAGAGGAGCUAUAAAACACGUCACGGACCUGCAGACUAUAAUUUGGUGCAGGAAGUAAAGUACGAAGUGAAACAUGAGGUGAAACUGGAGCACGUUGGGAAGGAGAUGGCAGCGAAGGACCUGUCCGACAGCUGUGAGGACGUAAAGUGCCAAUCGCUGCAAGAGUCAUGCGAGUUUGAGGAGAAACGCAGAAAACGUCUGAAAAGCGAUGCGUCCGAAAAGUCCAAGUAUUCAGAAUCCAGGUAUUCUGAUUCGAAGUAUUCCGAGUCGAAAUACUCAGAAUCAAAGUAUUCGGAAUCAAAGCAUUCCGAUUCGCUGUAUACCGAGUCAGCAUGUGCGUCGGCAUGUGCAUCGGCAUCCACGUCGGCUUGUGUCGACACAAAAUACAAAUCCGUCAUGGUGAUGUCGGAGGAGAAAGAUGAAUGUGUAAUUGCAACCGAGGUGUAAUGAGCCUGCAGGAGGCCGAUGCUCGUUGUGUCCCACGGGAGACGUUUUGAACUCCCUAAGAAAAUGCUGCUGCUCGAACCCUUAGGUGGAAACGUCCCACCUUGUGACUACUGCUGCUGAGAAACUAGGACUGAUUAACUGAUAUUCAGGAUGAGCUGGUUCUCUGUACUGAAAGAGGCACAGGCGGUCGUGGCCUGUAGGCUUGGAAACUUGUGGAAAUGCUAAUGAUGGCAGAAGUGUCAUUACAAUUUCAAAUGUAGUUGUAAAAUUUACCCGUAAAGCCAUUUUUAAAGGUGUUGGACAAUGUAUGUCCAUUUAAAUAUUUUUUUCUUGCGCACGUGGAUUCAUCACACGUAAAUGGCAUUUGGGAAAAUGUAACAGAAAGAGGAGAGAAUAUGAGAAUAGCGUCGCAGUGUUUUGCCGUGUGAUGUCCAAUACUGUGUCAGCAUCGUGGCAACGUUUUAGCAAUAUUUUGGCAACAUUUGCUGUUUUUCGCCAAUAAUUCCCACAGACUUUUACUGUGCCCAGAAACUGCACCAAACAUUAAUGAUGUUGAAGUAGUUUAAAAGAAAUGUGUCGCAACAUUUUUUUGCCAUCGACUGUCUCGCCGAUACCGUGGCAAAGUUGUGACAACAUUUUAGCAAUAUUUUGGCAACAUUUGCUGGCCCCACAAGUCAGUGUACAAGGGACUACAUCAGAACGGUGGAUGUUCAGCCAUACUGGCCUAUCUGCACUGGGUUAAAUGUCGCAUGAUGUUAUAUCCUGUCACAUGACCAGUGUAAACUAUAUGUAUUACUUGAUCACUGUGCUCAAAAAAUCUCAAAGUCUUCCAAGCCUCCGCUUUUUUGCAUUAUGGUUUAGAAUAUGUUUGUAAGUUGUUUUUUGACCCAAGUAUGUUUGUGUUGAUGCUAAAUAAUAUCCUUGUUUGUAUGUUUUUGAUUCCUUUUUUAUAACAAGAGCUGUAUGAUUUAAGUUAAUUUAUUUUUAUUUAAGUUGUAUUUCUAAAUAUUUGUAAUGUUUUUAAGAUUAUUUAAAUUGUAUGUUUUCUUACGUUGUUCCUGUUAUUUGCAAAGGCACUUCGGGUUGCUGGGAUGUUUUGAGAAAAUGUUAUUUAAAGAAGGAUUGUAAAAAUGUUAUUAAUGCUAUUGUUUUCAUUAACAAGCUUUUGUUUGAUCCUUUUUCUCAGAAUGAAGUUUUAGCUUAAAUUAUUUUUCCAAAUAAAGAUU